AUGAGUGAAAGAAGCCGACAGUGACAGACGAGGAAGAACGAGGGAUGGGAGCGCAGGAGAAGACAGAGGAGGAGGCAGCUCCUCCAGCGGGGAAGAAACAGAAAACCUCCAAAGAGAUUUAUUUCUCCGUGCUGCCGGACAGAUACGAACCUCUGAUUGAGGAGGUGGAGGAAGAGAGAGAGGAGACGCCGGAGGAGAGGAGGAAGAGGAAGGAGGAAGAGAAGAAGAGGAAGAAGAGGAAGUACAAAAAAUACAGAAAGAAUGUUGGGAAGGCGCUGCGUUUCAGCUGGCGCUGUCUGAUGGCCGGGUUACAGAACAUGGCUUCCACUUACUCCACGCCUCUUUCAGCUAUGGCCACAGUGGUGACGGAGGUUAAUCGAGGAACUGGCAGCAAAGCAUGAUGGGACUGAAAAACAACAGACUCCUGAGUAUAGAGACCUUAAAAGGGGGUGCCAUAUUACCUUCUUUGGUCGUUCUCUGGUCCAGUGCCUGAUGGUUUAUAGUGACAUAAUUUGACUGUGAUAUGAGAAGAAAACAUAAACUUCUGUCACUUUUAAUGGAAAUUUCACAGGUCUGAACAGACAUCCUAAUAAACAGGUCUUGUUUAUUAGAAUGUAGGAAUUUGCAGAAACUACAAUUCUUUACGAUUCAAAUUUUACUAUGAACUAAACACUAAAAGCAAAGUAGAAAAUUCUGUAAAAUUUCUUGUUGUUCUUUCUACUGUGUUUUGGUGACAGUUAAAUUAUUCUGACUGACGUGUUUACCCUGAGUUUGUAAGUAUUCAUAAUAUCUGACUUUUUGUGAUGUAUACCAUAAUUUUUGUCUGAAUGCCUUUUUUAUAUUAUGCUUUUAAUAUCAAAUAUAACAUAAUGUGUACUAUUG